GCUUCCCUCUUCCUCCUCCGGCUCUUUACGGUCGGCGGUGCUCUGAGACUCUCCAACCGGCCGGUCUGUGACUCUCACACCCGGUCCUGCUGAGUUGCGACCGGUCCGACCCAGAGCCCCGGGUCCUCCAUGAGGCUAGAGGCCGCAGCCAGGAUGGAUGUGUUCAGGAAGCUGUGGAGGGCGCGGAAGCUGAUCGUCGUGGUGUUCAUCCCGCUCUGCCUGCUUCCCCUACCGCUCAUCCACCCCACCAGCGAGGCAUGCUGUGCAUAUGUGCUGAUAGUGACAGCAAUCUACUGGGUGUCUGAGGCUGUUCCCUUGGGUGCUGCUGCUCUGGUACCCGCCUUCCUCUAUCCGCUCUUUGGGGUACUUAAGUCCAGCGAGGUGGCAGCAGAGUACUGCAAAGACACCACUCUGCUGCUGAUGGGAGUCAUCUGCCUGGCAGCCUCGAUAGAGAAGUGGAACUUGCACAAACGUAUCGCUCUGCGCAUGGUGAUGAUUGCAGGGGCCAAGCCGGGCAUGUUGGUGCUGGGCUUCAUGUGCUGCACCGUGUUUCUGUCCAUGUGGCUCAGCAACACGUCCACCACAGCCAUGGUGAUGCCCAUAGCCGAGGCGGUCCUGCAGCAGCUGAUCUGCACCGGCCUGGCCGACGGCCACGUAGACUCAGAGACCGCUGAGGCCCCUGAGGACGACAGCGCUGUUUCAGACAAAGAAGAGAACCUGGACAAAAACCAGCUAGAGUUGCUCUAUCGCAACGACAGCAGCAACUGCAGUAAACGGGAGCUCUCCACACUGAGCGACACACUGAGUGAGGUGCAGACUGGGGAGGUGAAUGGUUUGGGUAUAAAGGCAAUAUCUAACCAGGAUUUCACCAGGGACACCAAUGGAUACCUGCCACAAGUUGUGGUGGAAAUCCCAAACGUGAAGCGGGUGAAGGCCAGGAGAGACUCCCAGUAUCCCACCAAGAGGGAUCAUAUGAUCUGUAAAUGCCUGUCGCUCAGCAUCACCUACGCUGCAACAAUCGGUGGCCUCAUCACCAUCACCGGCACCUCAACCAACCUCAUCUUUGCCGAGCAGUUUAACACUCGUUAUCCAGAUGCAAAGGUGAUAAACUUUGGCACAUGGUUCAUCUUCAGCUUCCCCAUCGCCAUCAUCAUGCUGGUCCUCACUUGGCUGUGGCUGCACUUCCUAUUCCUCGGCUGCAACUUCAGGGAGACAUGCUCAUGGAGUAAGAAACGCAAAACCAGGAGAGAAAUGCUUUCAGAGAGGAGGAUCCAUGAGGAGUACACCAAACUGGGACCCAUCAGCUACCCAGAGGUGGUGACCGGUGUUUUCUUCAUCCUAAUGACUCUGCUGUGGUUCACCAGAGAGCCUGGUUUCGUGCCCGGCUGGACAUCUCUUUUUGAGAAGAAAGGCUACAGGACUGAUGCGACCGUGUCGGUCCUUCUGGGCUUCCUGCUCUUCCUCAUCCCUGCCAGGCGACCCUUCUCCUCCAGCUGCAGGAACACAGGACCAGAUAAUGAAUCACAUGACCCGAUGGCCCCCAUGAUCACCUGGAAGGACUUCCAGAGACUGAUGCCAUGGGAGAUCGUCGUUCUGGUGGGAGGAGGCUAUGCACUGGCUGCUGGUUGCAAGGUGUCAGGCCUGUCCAUGUGGAUCGGCAGACAGCUGGAGCCUAUGAGUGGGCUUCCUCCGUGGGCCGUCACCCUGCUGGCCUGCCUGCUGGUGUCAGCGGUCACAGAGUUUGCCUCCAACCCGGCAACUCUCACCGUCUUCCUGCCCAUCCUGUCAGCGCUGUCCGAGACUCUGCAAAUCAACCCACUCCACACUUUGAUCCCGUCCACCAUGUGCGUGUCAUUCGGGGUCAUGCUUCCAGUGGGGAACCCCCCCAACGCCAUUGUCUUUAGUUACGGCCACGUGAAGAUCAGCGACAUGGUGAAAGCGGGCUUCGGGGUGAACCUCAUCGGCGUGGCGGUGGUGAUGUUGGCCAUCACCACGUGGGGGGUUCCCCUCUUCAACCUGACUGAGUUCCCAGCCUGGGCCGUGGCCAGGAACGUCACCGGGAGCUUAUAACCGCCGCUGACGUGGAGGACAAACCACUGAAAGACAGAAAGAGAUGGGGGCGGUGUUUCUGUAAAGACAGACAACAAGAAAACGAUGUCAAGAGGACGGUCUUGCUCAGAAUUCAGUCCCUUCUCACUGUAGAUGAAUCACACUGGACAUGAAGAAGGAUGGAGAGAAGGGGAAAAAGAGAGCAAAAAAACAUGACUUGUUGCUUAGAUAUCAUAUUUAGGGUUAUAUGUUUUUUGGCCACAAGAGGGGGUUACGAGAAAUGCAGAAGGUCUUUGUUAAAGUGGCCACUGCGUGGACCUCUGCAAAACACUUUAAAAAAA